AUGUACCGUAAUACGUCAACAGAAGUUAGAUGCCAGUCAGGGAAAAGUGAGAAAUUUGAGGUAAAAGUAGGGGUACAUCAGGGUUCGGCACUCAGACAAUUAUUAUUUGCAGUUGUCAUGUAUUGUCUGACAGAGGAAGUACGAAAGUCAUCACCAUGGGAUAUCAUGUAUGUUGAUGAUGUGGUCAUAUGCACCAAUGAUAGAGAGACGUGCGAAGAGAAACUAGAGCAAUGGACUCGAGCCCUAGAGAGACGCGGUAUGAAAGUAAGCAGAACGAAGACGGAAUACCUCAAUGCCGGUAAUGGGACACAGAGAGUUGGAAGUAUCAGCUUAGGAGGUGAAAGGAUACACCGAGUAGCGGGUAGGCUGGAACAGCUGGCGAAAGGUUACAGGGGUUCUUUGUGA